GCCGCUGGUUCGGGGCGGCGGGGCCGGCGCAGAGCGGAGCGCGGUCCCCGGGCGAGCAGCGGUGGCGGCGGCGCCUUCCCGGGCCCCGCCGCGGCCGAGCCCCAGUCCCGGUCCGAGUUCGCGGCGCCCCGGCCGGCCGCGCACCUGCCGGAGCCUGCGCGGGACCCCCUUCCCGUGCCGGCGUCGAUGCUGAGCGGGCCGGGGGCACUGCCCGCCUCCCCCGCACUAUGGACGGCUUCUAUGACCAGCAGGUUCCCUUCAUGGGCCCCGGGAAGUCCUGCACAGAGGAGGGCCGAGGCCGGCCGGGCUCCGAAAGGAAAAGGAAAUUUUUGGAGACUGACCUGGCGCACGACUCGGAAGAGCUCUUCCAGGAUCUCAGCCAGCUCCAAGAGGCCUGGCUAGCUGAAGCUCAGGUCCCUGAUGAUGAACAAUUUGUCCCAGAUUUCCAGUCUGACAACUUGGUCCUGCACGCCCCACCUCCGGCCAAGAUCAAGCGGGAGCUGCACAGCCCUUCCUCGGAGCUGUCAUCCUGCAGCCAUGAGCAGGCUCUCUGUGCUGGCUACGGGGACAAGUGCCUCUACAACUGCUGUGCCUAUGACAGGAAGCCCCCCGCCGGGUUCAAGCCAUUAACGCCGCCCGCCACGCCGGUGUCCCCCGCACACCAGGGAUCAGCCCUGCUACCGCCAGCCCCGGCCGUGCCAGCAGCUGCCCAUGGGGUGGCCCCAGCCCCGCUGCAGGAGCAGAGGCCACAGACCUUCGCUGUGCCGCGGCCGCCGCACCCGCCCAUGCACAUGCCAAAGAUGAUGUCUGAGAACCAGUAUCCCGCAGAGCACAGGUUUCAGAGGCAGCUGUCGGAGCCCUGCCACCCCUUCCCACCGCAGCCUGGGGUCGGGGGGGACAGCCGCCCCGUCUACCAGCGGCAGCUGUCGGAGCCACUGGGCCCCCCCGGCCCGCGCCCCCCUCAGGGAUUCAAGCAGGAGUACCAUGACCCGCUCUACGAGCACAGCGGCCACAGCCUGCCCGGCCCCCCCAGCCACAGCUUCCAGCCCCCUAUGGGCAUCAAGCAGGAGCCCCGGGACUACUGCAUUGACUCAGAAGUGCCUAACUGCCAGUCCUCCUACCUGCGGGGGCCAUUCCCCAGCAGCCAUGACGGAUUUUCUUAUGAAAAGGACACACGAUUGUAUUUUGAUGACACGUGCGUGGUACCAGAGAGGCUGGAGGGUAAAGUGAAGCAGGAGCCCACCCUGUACCGCGAGGGCCCUCCCUACCAGCGCCGCGGGUCCCUGCAGCUCUGGCAGUUCCUCGUCACCCUCCUGGAUGACCCUGCCAAUGCUCACUUCAUCGCCUGGACCGGCCGGGGCAUGGAGUUCAAGCUGAUCGAGCCUGAGGAGGUUGCGCGGCGCUGGGGCAUCCAGAAGAACCGGCCAGCCAUGAACUACGACAAGCUCAGCCGCUCCCUGCGCUACUACUAUGAGAAGGGCAUCAUGCAGAAGGUGGCUGGCGAGCGGUACGUCUAUAAGUUUGUCUGCGACCCCGACGCUCUCUUCUCCAUGGCCUACCCCGACAACCAGCGCCCGUUCCUGAAGACGGAGCCCGACUGCCCAGUGCCCGAGGAGGAGACGGUGCCGCUGACGCACUUCGAGGACAGCCCGGCGUUCCUGCUGGAGAUGGAGCCCUGCAGCAGCCUGCCCUACGCCGAGGCCUUUGCCUACUGACGGGCCGGCAGAGCCACCGGCACUAGCGCAUCCACUUGGGGCAAAUACCGUUUUCUAAAGAAUAUUUUUUGCUGUUCAUAAGGAGAAAAAAAACCCCAACAACAGAAACCCAGCAUGCACGCACACACAAAUCGGAGGAAUCUAAACUGCCCUGUGUGUGUCACCACUGAAUUCCCAUCCUUUACUGUCCAAGGGCUAGUGCAUAGGACUGCCCGUGGCUGGCACCUCCUGCCAAGCACCGGCGCGCUGGGUUGGGUGACGGGAGCUGGAGCCGCAGUCUCUGCCCUGGGCCCCGCUCCUCGCCAGCACCGCAAGGGCUCCGGCAGCGCCCCGGCACUGGGCCACUUGUCACGACAAUCUGCUUUGCAUCGAGCGUGAUCUGCGUAGCUGCCUUGUGUGGUGGAAAGGGCUUUGAUUUGCACAGAGGAGGGAUGCGGGGGGGCCAGCACCCCGGAGCUGAUGUAUGCAGCAUCCUACCCCAACCCCCUGGAGCCUUCUGCCGCCUUCCCCAACCCACCCUCCUCACCCUCAUGAUAUAACCUGAUAUAACGGUUUCCCAGCCCCACCAGGUCCAUUCUGUGCCCCUCUCACUCCGCCCCAGCUCCGGCUAUGUGCCAUGGGUUGCAUUUCAGGGAAGAAGACCCUGACACCAACACUAACACCCUAUUUUUUUCUUUUUUUUUUUUUUUUUUUUUUAAUGUUUUAGGGGAAAAGAAAAGUUUCUAAACUGAUUUUUUUGUAGAAUUUUUUUUUUUUUUUUUAUUUUAAGGCGAAACUCUUUUUAGCAGUCUGGCUGCUGUUCCCAGCGGCCCUGGGGCCACCCUCCCGGCUCUCCUGAUGGCACGUCUGCAGCAGGGAGCCCUCGGCACCCUGGCUCACCAGGAUGGCUGCUGAAGUAUCUGGUCCACUCCAUUUCAGUGCUGGAGCCCUCGUUCCCUGGGGAGCCAGGGCUGCGCUGCCCCUGCUCAGCAUGGCUGUGGAGCUGGGCUGGGAGGCAGCAGCAGGCAGGGACGCUGGGGUCCCUCGCUCCCCCGUCCUGGGUACUCCCCUUCCUCCAGCUCCCCUGUCCCCGCUGCACCUCCUAACACUCCUCCGCCACUCAUAUAUCCACACCUGCCUGUCCCCCCCCCACUGGCUACAUGAUUUUGUUGUAAAUGCUGUAUAGGAAUUUUUUUCUCUUCCUUAGUUAGCUUUGGUUGGAAUUUUUUUUUUGACUGAUUCAUUCUUUUUUUUGGGGGGGAAAGUAUGAAGAUUAACUCUGGGUAGACUGGGUUAUUCUCCCUAUGGGGGUCUGCAGUGGCCUGUACCCAUGGGGAGUGUUUGGUCCCACCUUGGGGCCAGGGUUUUCAAUAUUUGCUUAGUGUGGCAGGUCUACAGUGCAGAAGGGGUUAAUCUGAGGACUGAUUUGAAAUAAUCUACUCCAGCAGGGCUAUGUAUCUCCUGCAAAGCUGCAUUACAUUCUGUACUGUGUACAAUAAAGGAUCUUGCUUUCUGUUC